AUGCAGAACAUUACAAGAAGAUCAGUGGUUGAGGGAAUACAAUGGGGUUUUGUUGCAGGUUCUUCCACGGGGACCUGUGAAGCCAUCAAGUCCAGAUCCAAUUCGUCCAUAACAAAUCUUGGAACGGCUAAUUCAAACAACAACAUUCUUACUCUAUUUUUCAUGGCUAUUUUCGUUUUGCUUGUGCUCGGGAGAAACACCAGAACCCUUGGGAUGAUCCUCUUCACAAUGCUGCUUAUCAUCUUCACCAUUUUGGUUGCUUUUCCUGAAUUUGGAGAAGCUGGCAGAGCAUUGCAUGAAGAUCGGUGGUUGAAGGAGUACAAUGGAAUUUUGUUGCAGGCUCUUCCACGGGGCCCUGUGAUCCCAUCCAUGCUCCCUGAGAAACCAUACAAUUCGUGGGGUUCCCAUGCAAGAGUUGGAUAUCCAGUUGACGGUGGCGCAGGAGCGUUUGGAAGCGACUGCAAAACAAGGACGUGUUCCCUCCACCACUUCCGACGUAAUAGCAAUGGCCUGGUGCAAGCUACUCCAGAUUCUGGUGAAGCAACAAAAAUGGUGAUCAUGAUAAGCACAAGUUGCAGAACUGUGAAAAGGAACCUUCUGUAA